AUGAGGAGACCAGUCAUUGAUGUCUCCACUGUGAACCAACAGAAGGCUGUUAGUGGCCUGAUGAGGAGACCAGUCAUUGAUGUCUCCACUGUGAACCAACAGAAGGCUGUUAGUGGCCUGAUGAGGAGACCAGUCAUUGAUGUCUCCACUGUGAACCAACAGAAGGCUGUUAGUGGCCUGAUGAGGAGAACAGUCAUUGAUGUCUCCACUGUGAACCAACAGAAGGCUGUUAGUGGCCUGAUGAGGAGAACAGUCAUUGAUGUCUCCACUGUGAACCAACAGAAGGCUGUUAGUGGCCUGAUGAGGAGAACAGUCAUUGAUGUCUCCACUGUGAACCAACAGAAGGCUGUUAUUGACCAGAGAGUUAAAGACAGGCGAAGGAGCCUCUUUGCCUUCCUCACCCUCCUGCCAUCCUGCCUUUGGACUGACUAUCUUUUGGCUUUUUAUAUUAAUCCUUGGAGCAAGACUGCUUUAAAGAAACGGAAGCUAACAAGCCCUGUCCAGAUGGAUGACUUUGAUGCGUACCUCAAAGACAUGAGUAAAGACUCCGCCUACAAGUUCUCUCUGCAGUUUGAGGAGCUGAAGAGCGUAGGUCUGGAUCUUUCCCAUGAUGCAGCAGACCUGCCUAUCAACAGACCCAAGAACCGCUACACCAACAUCCUGCCGUAUGACUUCAGCAGAGUGAAGGUGAUCUAUUUACAUAACGACGAGGGAUCAGACUACAUCAACGCCAACUACAUACCAGGUUAUAAAUCACCCAGAGAGUACAUCGCUACCCAGGGUCCUCUGCCUGAGACGAGGAACGACUUCUGGAACAUGAUCCUGCAGCAGAAGAGCCACAUCAUUGUGAUGCUGACGCAGUGUAACGAGAGACGCAGGGUGAAGUGUGACCACUACUGGCCAUUCACAGAUGAGCCGGUGACCUACGGAGAGAUCAGUGUUGAGAUGCUGUCGGAGUCAGAAUCACCAGAGUGGACCAUAAGGAACUUCAGACUGGGAUAUGACACAUCUAUCCCAUCUGGCCCCACCCCUACUACCCUCCAUUAUAACCUCAACAACCUGUGUGUGUGGACCUGA